AUGUAUCCAGUUACAACAGUUGAUAGGAUUUCAGUGGCAAUGUCAAUUCUCUCACAAGGAAAGGAAAAAAUUGAUGUGAUGAUUGUCAAUGUCCAUUCACCGGAUUCGUUUUGUUUUAAACUGUUGAAACAAGUAGAUGCCUUAGAUAUUGUCACUCUCUUUGUAUGUGAUGAACACGAUGAACUCUUGGCAAAGAAGGAUUUUGACAAUGGAACAUACUUGUAUAUGGAAAGGUCACUUGAUGAAAAUAUUCUGAAAUACUUGUGGCAAUUUGUAUUAAGGAAGAAAAUACAAAGAGACAAAGUGAUAGAAGGACUUGAUCCAAAAGGAGAUCAUGUGAAAUAUUUUUAUACUAUUGGUAAUGAAAAUUUUGUGGGAAAUAAAGGACACGUUGGAGAGAAGAUUAGGUCUAUUAAUAAUGAGAAACAAAGUAAUAGUAUCCAUGAGACUGAAAGAGGAACAUACAAAUUGAGGAGCAAGACAUGUAAAAAAGGCAAAAAAGUGAUUGACAAAGGAGAAAGACAAAGUUGCUUACCAAAAAAGAUACUCGAGAUAAUGAAUGUGCCAGGUGUUACAAGGAUGCAAGUUGCCAAUUAUCUUCAGAGAUGUCGUAUCAACCAAAGGAGACCUUUAGAAGAGCAAACAUAUAUUCGACAGAGAUCUUCAAGUGGUUCCCAACAAAGAAUUGAAACAAGUAGCCAUAAAAUAUUUGGGAGAAUACUUGAUCUUCAAACAAAUGUACCAAAUCAAACUCAUGGAGAUCCGGAGUUUUCACCAGUUAAUAACAACAAUAUUUAUGUUAGUUCAACUGAGCAACAACUCUGUCAUCCACAACGUCAUGUUCAACAACACUACCUCAACCCAUUUUUGUUGGGCCAAAAUAAUGAUGGUGGUAGGCUACAACAACAACAUAACUUGUUAUUUGGUUCGCAAGGCACAAUUAUUGAGAACACUAAUAGUAAUUUUUACACGGCAUCUAAUAGUGGGAAUCAUCAUGAUUACAACUUUAAUCGUGAAGCUCAAUAUGAUUACAGCUCAGGUCUCAAUCAAGUCCAUGUAACAACAAAUUCAACUAGUGCAAUGAUGACUGAUAUGAAUGGUGGGAAUGCGAUAAUCAAUGGAUCAGGAGCAGCAAAUACUAAUUUCCAGCAAUAG